AUGUCCUCGUCCGAUAUUGAAAAGGACGUUAUUAAGGGCGACACCGGCAAGGUGUUCGUCACGUCGCCCGCCGACGCCGAAGACUACUAUGACCCCUCCAAGGAGUCCAUCUGGACGCGUGCCGGUCUCAACCUCGAGUCUUUCAAGCGCGCCCCCGGUUCGACUCGUGGUCUCGUGGCUCACGGUGACAUUCCCCUCGAGCUUGUCGCCCAUGACAACCCGCUGCUCCAGCAGAAGAUGAAGCCCCGUCACCUGCAGAUGAUUGCUGUCGGUGGCUCCAUCGGUACGGGUCUCUUCGUUGGUUCUGGUAAAUCGCUCGCUACUGGUGGUCCCGCCGGUAUCCUUAUUGCAUGGAUUAUCAUGGGUGUCAUGUUGAUCAACGUCACUCAAGCUCUCGGUGAAAUGGCUAUUCUCUACCCUGUCUCUGGUGGUUUCUACACUCUGGCUGCUCGUAUGCUCGACCAGUCCUUCGCUUUCGCUUUCGGUUGGAACUACGUUCUCCAGUGGGCUGUCGUGCUGCCGCUCGAGAUUACAGUAGCAGGCGCAACAAUGGGCUACUGGACCAAAUCCGUGAACAUCGGUGUUUGGAUCACAGUAUUCUGGGCAGUAAUCAUGUUUGUCACCCUCCUGGGUACUCUUGGUUACGCUGAGGAGGAGUUCUGGUCCUCGGCCCUCAAGCUCACUGUUGUCAUUAUCUUCAUCAUCAUCGGUAUCGUUUGUAUUUGUGGUGGCGGCCCCAGCGACGGCGCCUACAACAAGUACCUCGGUGCUCACCACUUCUACGACCCCGGAGCCUUCGCUCACGGCUUCAAGGGUGUCUGCUCGGUGUUCGUCACUGCCGCGUUCUCGUUCGCCGGUACCGAGCUCGUCGGUCUCGCCGCGACUGAGACCCCCAACCCCCGCAAGUCGCUCCCCUCCGCUAUCAAGAACACCUUCUGGCGUAUCACUCUUAUCUACAUCACCUCGCUCCUCAUCAUCGGUCUUGCGGUCCCCUACAACGAGCCCAAGCUUGUUGACCCCAACGCCACUGGAGCCCAGCUUUCUCCCUUCGUCAUCAUGAUGGACAAGGCCAAGAUCAACGGUGUCAACCACCUGCUCAACGUCACCAUCUGUGUUUCCGUCCUCUCCAUCGGUCUGUCGUGUGUCUACGCCGGAUCGCGUACCCUGACCGCUCUCGCUGAGACCGGCUACGCUCCCCGCUGCUUCACCUUCAUCGACAAGGCGGGUCGCCCCACCUACUCGCUCGCCUUCAUCUGCGCCUUCGCGCCCCUCGCCUACAUCAACUGCUCCGAUGUCGGCACCAAGGUCUUCGACUGGCUCGUUGCUCUGUCCGGCCUCUCCACACUUUUCACUUGGCUUGCCAUCUGUAUCACCCACAUUCGUUUCCGCCAGGCUUGGAAGUUCCAGGGUCACUCCGUUGAGGAGCUCCCCUUCCGCGCUCUCGGUGGCAUUUACGGCUCCAUUUGCGGUGCCUCGCUUAUUGUCCUUGUUCUUAUUGCUCAGUUCUACAUCGCCGUCUGGCCUAUUGGAGGCAACCAGGGUGGAGCCAAGGCCGCUGAGACCUUCUUCCUCUCCUACAUUGCCCUCCCCAUUGUCAUUGCUUUCUGGAUCAUCGGUUACAUCUGGAAGCGCACCACCCCCAAGAAGGUCCACGAGAUCGACCUCGACACCGGCCGCAAGGUCUGGCUCACCGUCGAGGAGAUGCGCGCGUGGCGUGCCGAGCGUGCCAGGGCGCCCCUCUACGUCCGCAUCUACCGCAUGCUCUUCUCCAACUAA